AAGUAGGUGUUUGCGUUUAUGCCUUUCCGGAAAACAUAGAAAGGGGCUGUUUGUGUUUUCUUCCGGUCAAACUUUCCAGUGUGUUGGCUUUCCAACUGCCAAAAAAGAAGAACACUUUCCCGAGUGGAGUGGACGUGGCGAUACAGGUCUGGUCAUUUUCAGCAGCAGACCUUCAUAACGGAAGAUUUCUGAUACAUCAUGACAAAAAGUUUUGAUUGAAAAAUCCUCACUUAACUUUCACCUUUGGUUAUACUUAUACUGUAUGUCAUUGGAAUGUCGAAGUCUACAAUCGAGCUGUUUAUAGAGAAAGCAAGCUGACAAGACAUAAGUGAAGGUGACACACAAAGUAAUCAUUUUAAAGGCUUACAAUAAAGAAUACUUUAAGAAUUAAAAAAUAUAAAAAACAAAGCAAAAUAAGAAGAAGAAAACAGUAUUAUUUAGGAGAGACUGUACAGAAAACUACUGAGGUUAACCAAAGGACUUGGAACCCACUUUGACACUUUGCUAAAAAAAAACUUUUCUCUCACACCCAAAGCUCACUUUUUAUUUUUGUAAUUUUGAAUGCAAGGUCAAGUGCUUUGAUAGACAGUUAAAGUAAUUUCUCCUUUCCCACCACCAUUGUGGAUUCAAAAACGUGGAACGACUUUGUCCCUUCCCAUCUCUGAUCUCUCAAAUGGCAACAAUAAUUCUUGAACAGGAUAGAAAAACCAAAUGUAAGCACUUAUGUGCAGUGAAAGAGGCUGACAACUUUUUAGUAGACAUUAACAACUGGGUGUGCUCAGAGGAGGAGAUCUUAUCAAAGCUACUUGAAUUUCAAAAGAAGCUCUAUGAAACGACUCAUAAUUUUGAUAUUUGGAUUAAAAAGUGUUUACCCGAUCCUUCUUUGGAAAAUAUUUUAUCCAGGAUUGUUUCCCGAUAUGAUGAAUUUCCACAUGAGACAAAUAAAAGUGUGUGGCUCCGUAUGCAUGCUGUUCUUCUUCCUCCUGGCUUAAACAAAAGAGAGGAUACUGCUGUUGUGAGAAGAUGGCUGCACUCACCUGAAGCAAAGAUUAAACAUCAAGCUAAGGCCAAUUCUGGUGGUGAACUUCCAAAAAAUAAAGUAGACGAAUUGUCCCUGUUGCUGUCUAUUGCUAAUAUUUUGGGUUAUGCCAAACCAGACAAGACUUUCGGCUCUCUUCUUGGGCCCCAAAGCACUUCUCUCUGGCAUGAUGAACUUCAAAAGUCUCUUGAGACCUAUUACACCGUGGGAACUGACAACAUUUCUGCAUCGCAGGCCCUCCUGAUUUUGACUGGCCUUACGUUAACUGCUGGAUCCAAUGUAGUAACCCCUGACCUGAAAACCCAACGUCUUGACUUCAUCAGCUCUCAUUUACAAGAACCUUUGUGUGAAGACAUUGUUCAGCUCUUAUCAAACUUUGAUUUAAGAUCCAACAACUGGCAAGAAGUUGAAGAGAAACUUGUUAUAAUUAAGGAUAUAAACAAUGAAAUAAAAAAUCACACGAAAGUACCAGAGGUACAGAGAGGACUUCCAAUGAUUGCAAACAUGGAAGGAACUAAGUUGCUUCAGAGCAAAGUGCACAGUGUAACAAUGAAUCAAAUGCCAGACACACCUGGGUGGAGAGUAAUUGAAAGACUUGGUCUGAAGGACUACUGUCCAAAGAAGCUGACAACCUCUGACUUUCUAGUCCUUGACAUGUCUUCCACAGAAAGAAGCCAGCCAGCUACGGAGAAGGAGCUGCCAUUUUUCUAUCUCCAGAAACUUUUCAUGGUGGAUUACAGAGCAAGAGAAGUUGUUCCAAUAAAAAAUGAGAAAAAAAUGUCUCUUUUACAAAAUUGUACUAAGGAAACAGAGGACCUGGGCGUGGAUGAUUUUUUUAAUGAAGACAAUGAAGGCAGUAGUGAUGUAAAUACAAAUCUAACAGACAUUCACUUCAUGGAUGUCCAGAUGGCCAUCUAUCAUUGUGCCGACAUGCUGCUCUGGCAGUAUAUUGUAUCUAAGCUUUCAUUUUGUCAAUAUGCUCUUCCACUAUUGGUACCAAAUCCUUUUACCGGUAUGAUUGAAUUUCCUUUGUGGUCUUUUCGACCUCUUAAAAAAAGCUGGAAGAGUUCAGGUAUAUCUAAAAAUGGAAAGAAUGAUGUCGACUGCAAAAAUGCUAGCAUUUGUGAAACGAUAAUUCCAAUAGUGUCAUUUCUCCGCCUGGGACAAAGUUUCUCUUCAAAAUCACAGAUCCUUAAUGGAGUAAUCAAUAAUCAGAAGCACAAUACAUUUUACCACCGACACUGCAAAGGUAGCAGAGGAAAAUGCCACUUUAUGGAUGGAGUGGUUGAGAUCUCCUGGUACUGUCCAAGAGGAAAGGACGAUGACCUAUUUAACGACUGUAUUGCCUUUGCAAAUUUGCGUGGCGAUGCCAGAGAUCACCCUAAGCAGCUUGAUUUUCUCCUUUGUACUUCUUCUGUCAUCAUUAUCCUGAUGACCGAUGCUGACCGCAACAAAGAUGGAAAGGUAAUAUUAGAGAAACUUCUAAAGUCCCAGACCCCUUUGAUCUGUCUGUGUGCUGACAAGGAAACUGUACCUAAGGGGAAUUACAAGAAUAAAGUGAAGAUACCCGUAUUGAAUCAAAAUCAAGCUGAACUGUUUCAAAAGUUAAGAAUCUGCAUUAAGGACAUGCUAUACAGGUCAGAAGUAAUGGUCACUGUGGACAAUUGUGCAGAGAUUGCAAGGAAUAGCAAUCUGAAAAUCGAUGAAGAUGAUGAUGAUUGCAAAGCAGCCAUGGUGAAGGCAGAAUCUGUAGUGGCGUGGUUAAAGCAGGUAUCCUCAUCUGCUGUGAAAGAAUUGUUUUUUCCACUUCAAGGAGAUCUUUGGCAUAGCUGGUGCAAGAAAAAUAAGGAACUAACUCGUCUACAAGCCAAAGAAAUUCAAAGUAUUGAACAAACUAAAAGUACAAUUGAAAGUGAAAAAGGUAAACUCAGAAGAGAACAGUAUAGAAUAGGAUUUCCUCCAAAUGAAGUUUUGGCAGAAUUCAUUACAUACUUGAAAAUACUAUCUGUGACCCAAAAAAAGUUGUUUUUAAAGUGGUUGGGAAUAAGAUUAGAUGAAGUUCCUGCUUUAAACCAUUCACAAAAGUCUGGUGAGGAAUCAUCAAUAGGAGGAAGUGUAAAACAAAAGAGUCAGAAAACUGAUAUGGCGAAAGAAGAAUGGGAGGCAUCCUCACUCAAACCUUCUACCUUGGGUUUGGAAAUUUUGCUGAGAGAACUUGGCCAGAUCUAUGAAGCACUAGACUUUCAGUCCGGGAAGAAGAAUGAGCUAUUCUUGACUCUGCCGCAACUUGCAGCUGAACUCAUGAUCACUGGCUAUCCCAUUGAGCUGCUGGAUGGUGAUGCCUCUCAUAUUCCAGUAACGUGGAUAAAUUCUGUUCUUCAAAGAGUCAUUGAGAAGCUGGGAGACAAGAGGAUUUUUGUUCUUUCAGUUUUGGGAAUUCAGAGCACUGGGAAGUCCACCCUACUGAACUCAUUGUUUGGCCUUCAGUUUGCCGUGAGUGCAGGUCAGUGUACCAGAGGAGCCUUCAUGCAGUUGAUUAAAGUCAAAGAGGGACAAGAGGACCUCAGGUUUGAUUACCUUCUAGUGAUUGACACUGAAGGACUUCGGGCUUUGGAACUGGGAAACAAAUCAGCUCUACACCAUGACAAUGAGCUGGCUACAUUUGUGAUUGGGAUUGCCAACCUCACAUUGGUCAACAUAUUUGGCGAGAAUCCAUCUGACAUGCAGGAUAUCCUUCAAAUUGCUGUUCAAGCAUUUCUGAGAAUGAAGAAGAUUAAUUUGUCUCCAAGUUGCAUUUUCGUUCACCAGAACGUUGGGGAUGUGUUAGCUGAUGAAAGAAACAGGGAAGGCAGAUAUCGACUUAAAGAGAGGUUGGAUGACAUGACCCAAACCGCUGCUAAACAGGAGGUAUGUGAUGUUACACAGUUUAAAGAUGUCAUCAGGUUUGACAUCGACAGACACGUCCAUUACUUCACUCAUCUUUGGGAAGGAAACCCUCCGAUGGCUCCUCCAAAUCCGAGUUAUUGUGAAAAUGUUCAGAAGUUGAAGGAAAUGCUGUUUUCUGAGGAAAUGCAGGUGGGAAUCUUAAAAAUGUCACAAUUUAAAGCUCGUGUCCAGGACUUCUGGUCUGCUCUCCUAGAUGAGGACUUUGUCUUCAGUUUUAAAAAUACGUUGGAGGUAGGAGCAUAUAGAAAGCUCAGCGAAGAGUAUGGAAAAUGGAGCUGGCAGCUGAGAAGUGAGGUACUGGAGAUGGAAAACGACAUGAAGAGCCAAAUUGAAAAUCAUAUUGUGCGAGAGGUAACAGUAUUAGAUCUGGAAGAAAAAAUUCGGAAGAAGUACGAAAAUCUUGAAACCGAAAUAGAGCAAUACUUUGAAAAUGAUAAAGAUAAAGACAUAUUAGCUCAAUGGAGUGGGAAAAUUAAAUUAAAUUUUAAAAAUCUUAAAGAAGAUCUCAUAAAAGAAGUUAAAAGAGUACUGGAUAGCUUUAGUUUGAUGAUACAAAGUAUUCGAAAGGUGGAAGAACAAAAAAGUAAAUAUGAAAUGGAGCUGAUGAAAAAGAGCCAGGAGGUGGCCCUUCAACUUAAAGACAAAGCCACAGAUGAAACAGAACUGAAAAAAGCUUUUGAAAACCUUUGGAUCGAGUGGGUAACUAGAGUUAAGUCUGAUAUGCCUCAACUUGAAGAUCCCAUUAUAGAGGCAGACUUUGACAGAACAUUAUCGGAACAUUUUGAAAAUAAAUUAAUUCGUUCUUGCAGAGACAGAAAGACCUACCAAAAAGUGGCAACAGCAUCUGAUUUUUCGAUAUAUCUAAAUAUGAAGAAAGGAAACCCGUUGAAAAACGUAAUGAAAAUAACAGAUGGAUUUAUAUACAACAUAGAUGAACAGGAUCAUCAAUGUAUGAGGAACCUCACGAAAACUCUUAUACAGAAUGCAAGAGAUUAUAUAGAAGGCAAAGAGACAACAAUGGCAGAUUACAAUCAGAAUUAUAUCCAUGAAAUGAUGAAGAAAAUUUAUGAAGAGGUAAAACAUUGUGAUUGCAAUAAACACAGGUUUGAAAUUAAAAAAGAAUAUUCAAUCGAUGUGGCACUGCACAUACGUGAAGAAGCCGUGCACAGUUUUCAGGAGAUGCAUUACACUUUUAAGAAAGCUAACAAUCCCUUGGAAUAUCUACAAGGAAAGAAAUCAGACUUUUUUGAGUCUUUCAAGAUGUUGUGUAGUGGAACAACAAUGGCUGCUCUUUUAGCUGACAAAAUCACACAGAAUGUUAAGAAAACAAUACGGAAAGAAGCCUUCAAAAAAGUCACCCCUUUUGUAAUUAAAGAUAGUCAGAAAAGUGACCCAGCCUUAAAUGGAGACAGAGCUAAUCUCGAGCAACACAUCUUACAGUCUCUAAUGGAAAAGUGCGAUUUUCAGGAAUUUAUUCAAUAUGCCAGUUCUCCCAAAAGUUAUUAUGAGGAGUUUAUUAGGAAACGUGUGGAUGAAUACUUCUCAUUAAACAAUGAAAAAAUAGGGCUGAAGUUCCAAGACCACCUUAACAAGAUUGGGGUUAAAAUUAGUAAAUUGUUUGGAUUUACCAUUGAUGAAGAAAAUACUGAUCCUUUUGCAUGGCUUAACAUUUUUGCUGGACAAAGUGAUGGAAUGUUCUUCUCAAAAAAUGAUUUCAGGGGUUAUCAAAAUGUGGACCCUCAGGACAUUACAUUCUUUAGAGACACUCUGGAAAAUUCUCUGCUCAAUGCAGUGAAUGAACUGAAGGAAGAGUUUAAUGGUAAGCAACCUAUUGACCGGAAACUUUUGAGCUGCCAACCUGAUGAAAUGCUGAUUCAGCAGUUAAAUGGAUGCUGGGUGACAUGUCCAUUGUGUCAUGCUGUCUGUGCAAAUUCCUUCACAGACCAUGAAGGUGAUCACAGUACCCGGUUCCACCGUCCCCAAGGAGUCAGUGGUAUAAAGUGGCAUAGUACUGACAGACUUGUUGUAAGUAUUUGCUCCAGCCUUGUGGAAAGCAAAUGUAAAAUGGUCCUUCACAAAAAUAACAAAAAACUUCAAUAUAAGCAAUAUCGAAAAGCAGGCCCUGAAUAUGCAAAUUGGAGCAUCAAACCAGAUCGAUCAACACAACCCCUAUGGAAAUGGUUUCUGUGUCAAUUUAAGUCUGAUCUGGAGAAAGAGUACAAUGGGAUUUUAGAAGACAUUCCUCCAGAAUGGAAUCGUUUUACAAAAGAAGAUGUUAUGAACUCACUUAUGGAUACAAAAUGAAACUUACGUGAAUGAGACAAGAGAUUAUAAAGUUUUGGGGCAUCCAAAAAGGUGAUCCCUAUAUAAUCGAAAUUUUCAAAAACAGAAUAAACAUAUAAUAACUGCAGAAGACUUCUUUUCAGAUGGGAGUCUGUUUUUCAGAGGAAAAGGGUGGAACAGGUGGGAUCAGGAUGUUGGACGUGAUGUCAUUGAUGUCUAGUCCAUCUAUCAUCCAUUUUGCAGAAGGAAGAUGAGAAGAUUGCAUUAAGCGACAGUGCCAGCCCCUAGCUUGGCAGGUUACUACUAGUUUAAGAACCCUGAAGUUGUCACCUUAUUAAAGGUAUGCCAGCUUUGAAUCAAACUUACCGAAAUAUAAAGAGAUGACAAUUGCCCAUAUUGUGUUGGCAUGAUCACUUGUAGAUUAAUUAAUUUAUAAUUAAGGUGACCAAUGUACAGUAUGUUCAGUAUAUAAGCAGUGAACUGGUAUUAUUUUGUAAUAUAAAUAUAUGGGAUCCCUGGCUAGAGUGUUUCAAUGUCUGCAGGUAUAUGUUCUAACCAGAUUUAUAAUUUAGAGUUAAUUCUUCUUGUAAAUCAAGUAUGUUAUUUACUAAGGUAUUGUAUCCUA